AGGAAUGUCGUCAAAGAGGAGGGCGGUGCUCAAAUGAGAACCAAGAGUUUUUGUGCAAACACAACAACCUUAAAAAGAAGAAAGAAAAUCCAACAAACACGGUGAUAAUAUCUGCACUAGAUUCAAGAUCUUUUCAUGGUCUAAAACUGAGAAUUAUAUGGAUCUGGAAGCCUUUAUUAAAAAUCAUGAAGCUCUUGCUCCAAAAAGGUACUCUUAUUCGAGUGUGAGAAAGAUGACCAACUCUUUCAAAGUCAAAAUCGGCGAAGGAGGUUAUGGUUCCGUGUAUCAAGGGGAAUUACCAAGUGGUAACGGUGUAGCUGUCAAAGUUUUGAAUGAACUAAAAGGUAACGGGGAAGAUUUAGUUAAUGAGCUCGCAAGCAUUAGCAAGACUUCUCAUGUUAACAUAGUAAAUCUAUUGGGAUUCUGUUUUGAGGGUCGUCACAGAGCUCUGAUUUAUGAGUAUAUGCCUAAUGGAUCCCUCGAGAAAUUUAUUUAUAAUCAAAGUUCUGUAAUAGGUAGGCAACUAGAAUGGGAAAAGUUGUAUGAAAUUGCAGUCGGGAUCGGUAGAGGACUAGAGUACUUGCAUCGUGGUUGUAACACUCAAAUUCUGCAUUUUGACAUAAAACCCCAUAAUAUUCUUUUAGAUCAAGAUCUAUGUCCUAAGAUAUCUGAUUUUGGGCUCGCUAAGCUAUGUCCUGAGAAAAGAAGUGUCGUAUCUAUGUCAGGUAUGAGGGGGACACCAGGGUAUAUUGCACCAGAAGUAUUUUCUAGAAACUUUGGAGGGGUAUCUCACAAGUCAGACGUGUACAGCUACGGGAUGAUGGUGUUGGAAAUCGUUGGAGGCCGGAGGAAUGUUGUGGUUCAUGAUGAUGAUGAUGAUGCCACCGACUUCCCCCAUUGGAUAUAUAAACAAUUGGUGUCAAACAAAAAUCUUGGAUUAAGUGGUGUGCUAGAUGAGGUUAAAGAACGAGUAAUGAAGAUGAUUAUUGUAAGUUUAUGGUGCAUACAAAGUGAUCCUUCAAGCAGACCAUCAAUGAGUAAGGUGCUGGAAAUGUUAGAAGGGAGUUUAAAGUCCUUAGAAAUUCCUCCAAAACCUUUCUUGUUUUCCAGUCCAAGAUUAGCUUUGCACUCCUGAAUAGAAUAAUUUUAUGGUUUCUAUCUAUAAUAUGAUCACAGUGUAAUCAGUUUUCUAGGUUAAAAUUGUAAAGGAUGAAUUCACGAAAAUGUGAUGCAGGCCUGGUAACUUGACCCGUGACCCGACCGGUGAGAAGACCAAAUGGAAAACAAGUAUAGGGGUCAUUAUCUAUGAUUUAAUAUUCCAAGUUAUUUAUUAAUUUUAUUGGUACUUUAUUUGGUUCCUUUUUAUCCAUUUAUUUCAUUACCUAUUUUAGUGGUUCUAGACUUCUAGGAUCUAUAUAUAGGGGUUUUGGUUAUUGGAUUGUCGAUUGAUUUGUUCUAGUUAAAUAACUUGUGUUCUUAGAA